AUGGGCGAGGAGAUGACAGUGCCGCCGGACGAGCCUGCGGGCUGGGGCGACGCUCCUGCGAGCGCGGAACCGCCUGUGCAGGCGAGUGUUGAAGCCGAAGUCCAGGCGAGUGUCGACGCCGAAGUCCAGGCGGUCGACGCCGAGGUGCAGGCGACAGACGUUUCGUCGGUGGCCGCCGAGGCGGAAGCGCCGCCGGCUGCCGCGCCAAUGCCGCCGGCGAGUGCGCCUGCCGGCGAGGCGCCCGCUACGACUACUCCCUAUAUCCCUGCGACGGCGCUUGAUGCGGCGGCGCUUGCCGAGGCCGUGCGCAGUGACCAGGCCAGCAUGUUCUUGUUGCAGUGGCUUACGCAUGCCGAGUCGAUCCUCGCCGCGGACCGUACCGGAAGUGCGGCAUUUGUCGAGGCCGCGCUGUGCCUUUGUGGUGCGCGGCGGCCCCAUGUCGAGACGCACAACGGUGCGCCGUCGGCGCUGGAUAGCAUUCCGACUGGGCGCAGUGCGCGGCAGCUCCUGAGCCGCUGCCUUGUGCACAUCUACCAGGACGAGGACGCGGAGAAGCCGCCUCUGUACGACGCGAUUACCUCGCUCAGCGAUGCGGUGAGCAAAGAGGCCGUGCGCCCCGAUACGCUGUCGCGCCAUGUCGCUGCGCUCGAUGUAAGCGCUUCGCUCCUGAGCGCCUUUCCCAAUGCCGCGGCCAUGUCGCACGGGGCGCUCGUUCCGAUCUGCCUAAAGCUCGCGCGCACGUCGAGCGCUCCGGUGCUCGCGCGCUACCACGCGCUGUGCCUGCUCGAGGUUUUGCUGACCCACCACAGCGUCGGCACGCUGUCGGCGAGCGGCGUGAAGGAUUUGUACAAGGCGCUGCGUGCUGCGCUCCUCGACAAGGCCGGGCCGAUGGUGCGCGCGGCAUGCGGAUGCCUGCGUGCGCUCGUGGCGCAGCACGAUGCGCUGCGUGCCAAGAGCGAGAUUGAGGGCGUGGCGCUGCAGUGCUCCAAGGUGAUGCACACCUCGGACGUGGCGACGCGCACGUCGCUCGCCGAGCUUGUCGCUGCGCUCCUUACGCAGACCGAGCUGCACGGCGGCAGUGACGGCGAGAAUGCCAAAGGCCCCGUCGCCACGCCGCUCUAUACGCCGCAAGAGAUGCUGCAGACGCUCCAAGUGUACGUCGCGCGCGCGACGACGUGGCAAGGGCGAACAGGCGCGCUGCAGAUGUACGCUGCGCUCUUUGCCAAGCUGGGUGCAUCGUUCAUCGAGGGCCACUACGAGCUCUUGCUCAUGCACCUCGUCAACACCCUUGGGCAGCACACGGCGGCGAUGCUGACGCCGGCCGAGGCGCUGCAUCUGCGCAGCGGCCUGCGCAUCGUGCUGCAAACUUACCUCUGUGCGCAGCUUACCGAGCCCGCGCAGGAGCGCGCCGCCGUCGAGCUCGGCACGCAUAUCCUCGGCGUGUGGCCGCCACGCACGCCGAAUAGUCCCCCUCCUGGCGACGCGGCGUUGGCGCUGAGCCUCGAUGCGUGCACGUCACUCAUCGCGAGCCUCGGCGGCCUUGCUCGGCCGCUGCACGAUGCGCUGUACGAGCCGGUGCUGACGCUCCUCGCGCACCCCUCGCGCCCGGUGCAAGUGCGUGCAGCGUGGUGGCUGCGUGUCGCCUGCGACGUCCAUCCCGUGCUCCUUGCGCCAACGUACACGCGUCUGCUGCAGUACGUGCGCCGCGAUGUUGCGGCGCUCAGCACCGCGCAGCACGAUCGCGGUGUCUCGCUGCGUGCACGCCUGGCGGGGCACAGCAGUGCGCUUGCGGCGCUCGUCCCGAUCGCCGCCGCACAACCCCUGUACGCGCUGAACGAGGACGCAGAGGACGUGUUUGCUCUUGCCACUGACCUCCUGCAGCAGGUCGCCGAGCACGGGCUGGGCGAGGCUGCGGCGGCGAUCAGCGCUGCAUGGACGCUCCUCGGCUCGCUCUUUGCGCUGGGGCCGCUGUUUGCGCGCCCCCACAUUGCGCGCCUCUUGCAGCUGUGGCGCAACGCACUCGCGGCGCCCCCGAACCCCACGUCGCUCGACGAAGGUGCGUGGAUGUUUCUGUUUGGCGUGCGCGAAGGCGCGCUGAGUGCGCUCCUGUCCUUCUUCUUGCACGGCGGCGCAAGCGUGCUCACGCAAGAGAGCGCGCGCCGCGUCGUCGGCAUGCUGAGCAACGUGCUCGUGUUUCUCAAUGGCUUUAGCGUCUACCGCCGCACGGCUGAUGCGGACGCCAUUGUGCUGCUGACGCGCGAGCGCGAGCCGCGCGUGCGCGCGCUCUUGCUGCGCUGCUGCACCCAGCUCGCGGACCGCCCUGCGCUCGAGCCGCUGCAGCCCACGCUGAUGCGCCUCGCACUGCUGCUUGCCGCGCAGCCCGAGCGCUUUGUCGGCAGCGCGGCACAGGCGGCCAUCUCGCAGAGCAGCGGCGCGUUCCAGAUGUGGUCCGCCGCCGACCAGUACGCGUACGGCGUGACGAGCAUGGUCGAAAAAGAGGGCGCAGCGCUGCGUGCCUGGUCGCAGCCCUUCUGCCCCAAAGCGUACGUCCCGCCGCACCUCGCGAUGGACAUUGCUAUGGACGGCGUGCACGCCACGCUCGACCGCCUCGCACACACGCCGGUCGUCGGUGCGCUGGAGCACGAGCCGUUUGCACUGUACGUCGCGCCCUAUCCCCCGCUGGACGAGUACCGCGUCAAGGUGCCCGAGGCGCCCGCCCCCCCGCCUGCGCCCACCGCCGAGGUGGACGCGGCGCUGGAGUUUAUCGCCGCGACGCUCCCCUUCCGGGAGCGCGAUGCGCAGAUUGUUGCUGUCGAGUACCUCGCGCAGGCGAUCCGUGCCCCGAGUCUCGAAAAGAAUGCGGGGUGCCGCAUCGCUGUGCUGGCAAACAGCACCGUUGCGCUUCUCGGUGCGCUGCGCACUGCGAUGGACGCACACAAUGCCGCGCGGCGCCCGUCCGGCUUUGCGAACGACCGCGUGACGCAUGCGGUGCGUGCCGUGGCCCAGACGACGCUCCUGCACGGCGAUGCGGUGCUGCGAGCAAGUGCUGCAGAGCUGUACGGCCGCCUUGCUGCCGUCGCAGGCUCGCAGGCGCUUGCGAGCCAGGUGCAGUUUCUGAUCGAGCAGAUCGUCGACAAUCGCCACGCCGACUCGCGCGCGGGCUGUGCGCUCGCGGCCGGCGAGGUGUAUGCGCGUGUCGGCGGCCUGAACGCCUCGCCGCUGACCAAGACCGUGAGCCGACUGCUGCUGUCGCUGGCGCGCGAUCCUCACCCCGCCGUGCACUGUGCGGCGCUCGCUGCGCUGCAGAGCGUCAUUGACGCGGCAAGCCUCGGCUACCAGCCGUUUGUCAGCAGCACGCUUGCGGUGAUGAGCGAAGUGUACGCCAUGCCGACGCACGAGCCGGAAGGCGGCAGUGCGGGCUCGAGCAAUCUGCGUGUCGCGCUCCCCGCCUACCGCGGCGUGGCGUGCGUCGUGGACGCCGUCGUCGGCGUGCUGGGCGCGGAUCUGCGCGAGAGCACGACGCGCCGCUGGCAGAUGUACGCGCUGCUGAAUGCGCUUGCGCACGACCAGCGCGCCGGCAUGUAUGCCGAGGCCGAGGCCGUGCAUGGACUGCAGCGCCUUGGCCUGAUUGUUCCGGAAAUGCUCGAGACGCGGCAGUGGGCGGCGCUGCUCUAUGCGACGCUGCAGCGCGAGCCGCUGCGUCUGCAGCGUGCGGCCGCCGCGGCGUACUACCAGAUGGCGCAGCGCGGCACGCGCUGGCUCGCGCAGUACGGCGGCAGUCCCUUGCUGCACGCGCUGCUCAUGCAGCUCGACCGCGCCGCGUCCCUCGACGAGAUCCGUGCGCUGCUACUGAGCUGGCUGCGGCAGUCGGCGCCGCAGCGGCCGUGUGCGUGGAUCGACCUGUGCGGCACGCUGCUGCUUGCUCCCGAGACGCUCGCCACCACGCCGCACACGGCCGCGGCCGUGGGCGACAGCGAGGAAGAGGCGGCGGCGCUCGCGAUCGACGUCCCUACUGCCCCCCGUGCGAUUACCGGGUGGCGUACGCGUCUGUUUGUGCUGCACUGCCUGCACGCGGUCUUUGUCGCGGUGCAGUCGAGUGCGACGCACAUCGAGCACCUCGGUGCGACGGCCGAUGCAGCGAACCCUGCGAGCCUUGCGAGCCGUGUCGGGGAGCUGAUCAAGAUGGCGUUUAGCGCGAGCACUGCGACGAACCGUGCCGUGCGUUUGCACGGCCUCCAAGUCCUGCGCGACGUGAUGGAGUCGUUUACCGCGACGCGCGACCCCGCGUUCCCCGAGGCGCGCCUCCUCGAGCAGUUCCAAGCGCCGCUCGCCGCCGCGCUGACGCCCGCCUUUUCGGCGGAGAGUUUCCCCGAGGUCCUUGCGUCGGCGAUUGCGGUGUGUGCGGUGUACGUCGGCGCCGGUGUGACGCAUGCGGCGCCGCAGUCGAACCGCAUCGUCAAGCUCCUCGUCCAGUCGCUGAACCAGACGGAUGCGCAGCCGAUGACGACGCUCGGCGAGAUGACCAAUCUCGGCCCGAAUGCGGCGGCCUACCUGCAGAUUGCCGUGCUGCACGCGUGGGCGCGCCUGGCGAUUGCGAGCCGCGAGCAUGCGUCGCUGAGCAGUGUGCUCGAGCCGCACCUCUCGCUCCUGACGCAGCGCUGGGGCACGGCGCUCGCCGAGUACGCCGUCCUGCGCGAGGACGGCAGCGCGCAGCGCACCACGGCGUUUUUGCCGCCGAUGCGUGCGGAAAGCGCUCUGGGCGAGCUGGUGCAGGAGCAGAUGUUGGGCCACUUUGCGCACGCAUGGCCCGCGAUGCUCCAGGCGAUCACGGCGACGCUGCAGCGCGGCGCGGCGCCGAAAGACGUGUCGUUCUUGUCGCUGUACGCGCUCGCCUUUGAGACGCUCUGCCGCGAGCUCGAGCGUGGCGACGGCGCGGACCGCGGCACGCUCGCGAUUGUCCUUGCGUCGCUGCCGGUGCUUGCCCAGGGCCCGUACGUCGGCGAGUUUAUUGUGCAGCCCGCGCUCUUUGACGAGCUGCUGCGUGUGGCGCAGCGUGCGUUCCUCACGCACGACGUGCCGAUCGCACUCGGUGUCCUGCACGUCCUCUCGGCGCUGGCGCAGAGCCUGCGUGAGCGCCUGCUGGAAGACAGUGACGGGAUGGUGGAUGAUACGCACUUUGCAGACACGCCGCUGGGCUACAUGGUGCGCCUGCUCUAUGGCUACGUCGAGCGGAUUCCCACGAUGCACGGCGUGCGUGCCGACAAGGCCGCGCUGCUCGCCGGCGCCUGGAGCACGCUCACCGAGCUGAUCCACGUGUGCACAGCCGGCGUGCAGGCGCCGCUGCUCGCCUCGGCGCUGCACGUCUUUGCCGAGAUGGCCAAGCGCGAGGACGACACGGCCCACGUGCUCGCACCUGCGCUGCCGGUGCUGCGUACGCUUGCGCACGCCGCGUGCAAGGUCGCCGACGCGCCGCUGCGCACGGCCGUGCACGGCUUCCUCUGCGCGCUGCUAGACACGGCGAACGCGAUGCGCACGCGCUCCGGCGACGUCGCCGAGCUCAAGAGCCGCAAUGCGCUGGUCGCUGUGAGCCUCGUCGUGGCGUCGGUCGACAGCCGCAUCCCGGUGAGCAGCGAGGUGAUUGACGACUUUACGCACCUCCUCGCCUACAAGCUGCAAGGCGACGCACGCGACGCACAGAUCGCGCUGCAGUGCAUUGCGCCAAUGGUCCAGGCGCCGCAGCGGCGGCACGCGCUGCGCCUCGCAGUCGGCCGCCUCCUGCCGCACCUCGUCGCGUACGUCCUGGCGAGCGCCAAGGCGCCCGACGCACAGACGGUCCUCGCGCUCGACCAGCUCGUCGGCAUCCUCGCGACACUCGACGACAAGGCAGCGGCCCUCUGCAUCGUCCUCCCGGUGCUCGCCGCAGCGGUCGAGCGCCCGCCGGCCGAGGCGGCGCUCCGCGAGCAGGCGUGUGCACACCUCGUGCGCCUCGCGCAGAGCUACCCCACGCACCUCAAGACGGCGCUCGCCUCGCUCCCCGCCCACACACGCACCCUGCUCCACGACGCACUGCGGCAGGCGAUGGGCCUCGCGCACGGCCCGCCCCGUGCCGCGCCGAAAAGCGAAGCGCGCAUUGCGCUCAAGACCUUUGGUUCGUAG